AUGAGAUCAUUUACCCAAUCUAUCGAAGACGAGGGACCACCAGAGUUACCAGCUUCUCUGGAUAUUGAUAUGAUUGAGAAUGUCAGUAUGAAGACUUCAGAUACAAAUGACACUAUAAUCGAAGUGAAGCCAGAAAAAGUGGAUCCACAAUUAGGAGAAACUCAGAAGUAUAAGAUGGCUGUUCCUGGUCCCGGACAUUCUGAACAAGAACAGGAAUUGCACAAAAGUUUGAUAAGAGAUGAAGACGAUGAUGCAGAGGUGGAACAGGUGUUUGCAGCGUCCGCAGAACCAGUCGUUACCCCUCCAAAGAGUCUGAAUUUCGCAGAAACUGCUGAAGAAUUAAGGCAUGCUUACGAUCAGAAGAUUAGGAAAAGACCAACGACUCCAACAUCUGCUUGUGUUCUGGAUGGAAUUGCAUUUUUCGCUGGAAGUGUGGAUGGAUCAAAUGAUACAGCACCGGCGGAUUCUGAAAAGAUAAAAGUCUCGAUUCCAAACAGAAGAAGGAAAACGGAGAAUAUGUCAUACACAGAGUUCUACGAAUCCAUGCAAAAUCAGAUUCCUGGAGGUGGUGGACGAAGGAUGAGUAGUUCUGGAAGGACGACUCCACUACAUGAUUACGAAGGAGACAUUCUGGAUGAAAAUCCACAAUAUAAGGAUAAGGCUCCGCCAGCUCCAGUUGUUCAUCGACGGUCGAGUAUCGAAUGGGAGAAUUUUGCGGAUAUGGAAGACAAAAUGGAACAAGCUGAAGAAAAAGCACUUCAGGAAGAGAAAAAAGAAAAGGAAGAAGCAGAGCAAACCGCAAAGAACGAUGAUGUCACAGAAAAAGAGAAAGAGGCAAAAGAAGCCGAAAAAACGAAAAAAAAGUUGGGAUUCCAUGCAAAACCUCCAACCGUCGAAAUAACGUCUCCAGAUGCACCACAUCAAGGGGCUUUCCACGACAACGUACCAAAAGAGCCGAAAGUAGUCGAGGAAGAAGAAGACGACGAUUUGCCGACAUUCUCUGAAGAUAUGGAUGAAGCAAGGCAGCAGAUAAAGAAAGUGAUGACAGAAUCGAUGGUUGAAUCAACUGAGAAAACGGAGGAGAAAGUGGAAGAUGCGCAAGAACCAGUUGCUCAGCCUUCAGAAGAAGCCGCCCCACAAUCUUAUGAGCAAGAAGGACAAGAAGUAGCUUAUGAUCCAAACGCAUACCCGGGAUACAUCUGGAACUAUGAGACUCAAGAAUGGGAGUAUGACCCGAACUACGUGGCUCCAGAAGAAACCUACGAUCAAUCUGGAUACGAAGCACAAGCUGCUGCAUACGCAGAAUACGAUCAAAAUGCGGCAGCUACUUACCAGCAAGAACAUGCUGGAUAUGAUCAAACAGACUAUCAGUCUUAUCAAGACCCCAGUUAUUCAGCUCAAGCAUAUCCAGGACAAGGGGAAGCUUACCAAGAACAACAGACCUAUCAGGAUCAGCAAGCAUAUGCUGCUGCAGCAGUAGCAACCGAUCCAUCUCAAGAGUACGAUUAUUCUGCCUAUGGAGGUUACGAAGGUUAUUUAGCUGCUUGUAAAGCAUACGAUGAGGCCAAUGGACAACAGCCAUACGGAGAAACAGCUGCAACUGCAGAAGCUGCUUAUACUUCUGGAUAUGGAUAUGAGCAACAAGGUGAUUAUCAUCAUGAAGGAGUUGGAGCAUCUGAUGAAACAACUUCAGCAGCAGCAGCGCCAGAAUUUGAACAGAACGGUACAGAGAGCGCGUAUGCUGGAUAUGGAGAUGCUUAUCAAGGAUACGAUGGAUAUGACCAGAAUACUGCCUAUUACCAAGGGCAAGAGCAAUACCAACAGGAGGCGGCUUAUCAAGGACAGGAGUACGAUUAUUCUCAAUAUCCAACCGAGCAACAACCAACAUCUAUUGAAGAAGCACCUCCACGACCAGUAGCUCCAAUUGAGCCAUUAUUCAAACAAGCGCCACAACAACCAGAUCCAUUCGGAUGGGAUUCUGCAGGACAGGGACACGAAGAACCUGCACCGGCUGUUGUUCCUGUUCAAGAGCUCUCUCCAACACCAGAAGCUCCACAGCCAGUCUCUUCGCCAGCGAGAUCUCCUCCAGCAAGACCAGCAGCUCCAAAGAAGGAAGAGGAAGUAGCAUCAGAGGCAGCAGCUCCUCCACGACCACCACCAGCUGCUCGUCCACCUCCACCAAGACCGGCUCCAGCGAAAAAGGAAAAAACGAAAGAACCAGAACCAGAAGAAGACGCAUGGGCGCAGUUCAAACGAAUGACAGAAAAGGUCAGUACUGCCGUGAAGUCUACCGAGAGCACUUUGAAAAACUUGGAAGAAACUUCUGCUGCCAACGAUAUCAAGGAUGAAAGCUAUUUGGCAAAUGUCGGAGGAUCUCAAGGUUUUGUCAAUGAAGCGACUCAAAAAGAAAUUCAAAGGCUUACCGAAGAGAAGAAGAUGGAAAAGAUGCAGAAGAAGAAAUUGAAGCAACAAGGUAAAAAAGCUGCGUCACCAACUUAUGAUCCAGAUGAAGAGGAUGCAAUGGAUAGAGCUGCUCAAGAGUUGGCAAUGAAAAUGGCCAGUAUGAGAAGCGAUAUGGGAGAUUGGAAAGCUCCAGAAAUGGUUCCUGUGAACGAAAUCAAAAAGUCUCCAGAAAUCCGAAGAGUCGACUCAGCGUCUGCGAUUCCUCCAAGAAAAAGAAGUUCCAUAAAAGACGUGCAACAAGAUUCUGGAGGUUCUCUUGAGCUCCCCGCUCAUCUUGCUGAUAAAGAAUGUGUUGCUCCAAAUCCAAAAGGAGAUCAUGCUCCAGAUGACCCAAUUCUUUCUGCUCCCGCAUGGGCUGACUUUGAGAGUUCCGAACCGAUGUUACCUCCGAGUGAAUCUGGAUUCUUCUCUAAUAAAGAUGCUUCGAAUGAGGGAGGAGUCGUCAGAGAACCAUCUGACGAUCCAUUUGUAACGACAACUGCAAGCUCUGAGAAAAGAUCUAGCUUCGUAGCAGAUCCAUUUGCUCCACAACAAGCUGCAUUAAUAGAUGAGAGCUACGAUCCGUUCGCUGUUGUAGCUGUAGAAGAAGUGGUAGCCAUGGCCAAGGCGAAAGCAGAACAGGCUGCAGCAAAUGCUGAAAACGACGACGACUUCUACAAUGGACGUCAGUCUCCAACACUUUCCACUCCCACUCCAGAAGGUGGAAGUCCAAUUAGUCAGCGACCGAAUGCAUUUGAAGAUGAUUUCAAGUGUGAAGAACUCACUGGACUCGAUACACCAACACCUUUGUACGAUGAAGAUGAUUCUCAACCACUUACUGAUUUCCUUCCAAAAUUCGAAGGAGAUGGUUGGGAUCUGAUGGUUCGGCAUCCGAUAAAAAAGAAGUCCUUCAUGGCUGAACGAUGCUGGAAACCUUGUUAUGUUCGUCUUCACGGAUUGACUUUAUAUGUUUAUAACGACAAAAAAGAUGCUCAACCAAUCCAAGAGCUCCUUCUUCAAGCCACAUAUUCUCUAUCCGAUACAACUUUGCAAGCAUACGAUGUGUAUGGAAAGAUUCAUACCGUGAAAUUGCAAUUCGUAGUUUACAAGGAGAAAGUGGGAAUUCGACCGGGACAAAUCAGUCGUCUAGUUGAUGGUCACAUCACAAAAUAUGGCUUACCUCUGGAGCAUUCUGCUCAAUGUACCGUACUUCUCAAGUUCGGUUCUCUCAAUGCUUCUCAUCUCCAGAGUUUUGUCACCACUGUUGAAGAUCUUCUGUUCAAAUGCAAAAUCACCAGAACUGCAAAACCAGUCUACAAACAGGAUGAAGUACAGAUUCACUGCUACGAUGAAUAUUCAGCAUUUGUUGAUAAAGAAGGAGUGUUGUCGGAUCAAAGAGCAAGAGUUCGAUUGUUCUGUUUGGCAUUCCUUACUGGGUCACCACUUCUGGAGGUUGGAUUGAAUGACAGAAGACGUCAAGGAAAAGAAAUAGUAAGAAGGAAAGACAUUCUUCCAAUGUACACUGAGAGAUGGAUUCGAUUUGAAGCAUUAGAAUUCCAUUCGAUUGUUAACAAGCCUGAGUUUGAUAAAGAGCAAGUGAUCUCAUUCAGUCCGCCGGAUGGCUGCUUCUUUGAGAUCAUGCGUUUCCGUGUCCGUCCACCAAGAAAUCGUGAAAAGGCAAUGACUGUGAAAGCGAUCAUGAAAAUUGCUGGAUCCAAAGUCGAGAUCAGACUUGAAGCUAUGGCAGCAGCUCAAAUACAAAGAACUCGUGGAUCAGAUGAAAGAAGAAACAUUCCAUGUGAAGAUAUUGCCAUCAGAUUCCCAAUUCCUGAAGCAUGGAUUUAUCUGUUCCGAGAAGAACGCCAUUGGGGAGUUGGAUCGAUUCACUCGAAGAAAUUGAGACCCGGAAAAGUGAAGAACCUCAAGGACAGACUUCUGGGAGCAGUCCAGGCCAGUGAGCCGAAUCUGAUUGAAUGUGCUAUUGGAGAAGCAAAAUACGAGCACGUCUACCGAUCUUUGGUCUGGAGGAUUCCAAGACUUCCAGAGAAACAUCACGCUGCAUACAAGUCUCAUUUAUUGAAAUGUCGGUUUGAGCUAUCAUCGUUCGAUUUGAUGCCAGAAGAAUUCCUUCCAAGAUGCGACGUCGAUUUCACGAUGCCCUUGGCCACUGUAUCGAAUACCGUAGUCCGAUCAGUAUCUGUAGAACAACAUGAAGAUAGUGAUAGAGUAGAGAAGUUCGUCAGAUAUGUGGCCAAAUAUCAGUACAAGGUUGAAAUCGAUUAUGUUCAAUGUGCCGAUCUUGAUCUUGACAUGGCUGAUCCUUCUGUAAAUCCAGAAGCCGCUGCUGCUCCAGUACCAGAACUCCAUCAACCAGCUUUCAAUCCAACAACACAAGCUCCAGAUGUUCAACAAGGUUAUCGAAUCGACUUCAACGAAGCCGAGAUGGGAGGUUCAAAUCGUCGUGAUGACUCAAGUUCAGAUGACGAACCUGAUAGCCAUAAAAUGCCAAUUAUACAAAUUGAUAUGAAAAAUUAUGGAUAUUAA